AUGGCUUUCCAUUUCGUAGGCACGAUAUUAUUUUGCCGUGGAAGUUUCUCUUUCGUGUUUGUUUCUGACGGGAAACGGCAUUUAGUGUGAGUAGUGUUGUGAGGGGUAAUAGAAAUUACAAUGUGGUCAAAACUUAUCAAGCCAGUAGUUCAAAUUUCGAGCAAGUUUGAAAGAAACUCCCGAUUUGCCUGUAGCUUAGUGCCAGGUGAACCUGAAGGACCUUCUGUAAAAACCCCCAUUCCAGGUCCUAAGACCAAAGAACUUUUGAAUAAACUGGGAAGCUUACAGCAAUGCGGUACAGUACAGCUGUUUGCAAACUACGACAAAUCCAUAGGAAACUACCUGGUAGACGCGGAUGACAAUGUGAUCUUGGAUACCUACACGCAAAUAUCGUCGUUGCCUCUCGGAUAUAACCAUCCCACUUUACUAAAAGUAUUUAAUGAUGAACACAAUCUAAAAUCUUUGAUCAAUAGACCUGCGUUAGGAGUGUUUCCUGCGACCGACUGGCCUAAAAAGCUGGAGAACAUCUUAAAACAGGUUUCUCCAGGUCUACCCCAUAUCACGACAAUGAUGUGUGGAUCUUGCUCAAACGAGAAUGCAUAUAAGAACGUAUUUAUUUCAUACCGCAGAAGUAUUAGAGGCGAAAAUGUGGACUUCACAGAUCUUGAAAAGGAGUCAUGUAUAAUAAACCAACCUCCAGGAAGCCCAAAACUUUCCAUAUUAUCAUUCCACGGUGCCUUCCAUGGCAGAACUUUUGGAGCUUUAUCUACUACCCACUCAAAACCUAUACACAAACUUGAUUUUCCCGCCUUCGACUGGCCCACUGCUCACUUCCCUCGUUACAAGUACCCCCUGGAAGAGAACACCAGGGAGAAUCAGCAAGAAGACAAAAAGUGCCUGGCUGAAGUUGAAGACCUCAUAGAAAAAUACGAAAAAAAGGACAACCCAGUGGCGGGAGUAAUAAUUGAACCGAUCCAGUCCGAAGGAGGGGACAACGAGGCGUCACCAGAAUUUUUCCAGCAACUGCAGAAGAUUUGCAAAAAGAAUUGUGCGGCUCUUAUACUCGACGAAGUUCAAACGGGUGGCGGACCGACUGGAAGGUUUUGGUGUCAUGAAUAUUUUAAUUUGGAGUGUCCUCCGGAUGUUGUAACAUUCAGUAAGAAGAUGCAAAUGGGCGGUUACUUCCACACAGCAGAAAUGACACCCAAACUACCCUACAGGAUAUUCAAUACUUGGAUGGGCGAUCCGGGAAAGCUGAUUCUCUUGGAGAACAUCAUUGAAAUAAUAAAGAGUCAGGAUUUACUAAGCCAAGUUCAAAAGUCCGGAGAAAGGUUGAAAUGCGGUCUCCAUGACCUUGAAUGUGAAUUUUCGGACCUUAUAAAUUCAGUAAGAGGUCGCGGUACGUUUCUAGCAGCUACUGCUACAUCGGCCAAAUUGAGAGACGAUAUUUUAAAAAGACUGAAACAAAAAGGUGUUCAAACUGGAGCUUGCGGCACAGCAGCCUUCCGCCUGAGACCAGCAUUAGUGUUUCAAGAACAUCAUGCCGAUAUAUUUUUGGAUAAAUUUAGGCAAGUCCUUCAGGAAAUAAAAUAAAAUCGAUAUCAGUCUUCCAUUGUGUCAAAGAGAAAAUAAAGUCUUGGUU